UUUAAGAUUGCUAUUACAUUUUAUCCCUGAAGCUGCGGUCCCGUAGUGAUUGUGUUAUAUGCAGAUCUAUUACAGCAAUCCAUUCAUUUCAGUGCUCUCGGUGAUAUUUCGGGGGUUUUAGUACCGCGUACAAAACGAGUGUGUUGUAAGGAGAAAACAGGGCUCUAAAGAAACAGUCACUUUUACCCCUUAUUUCCGUUGGGUUUUUUUUUUCAUUUUUGUAUGCCUGAUCUAUUCGGUUUUUGGUUGGGUGUAGUAACACUAAAAUGAUCGAGAGACCUGAUUCUACCGUUUCCAGCAUAGCACAGCGGAAUCUGGAAGGGUAUGUCGGUUUUGCCAACCUGCCCAACCAGGUGUACAGGAAGUCUGUGAAGAGGGGCUUUGAGUUCACACUGAUGGUGGUCGGCGAGUCCGGAUUGGGGAAAUCCACCCUCAUCAACUCCCUCUUCCUGACUGAGCUGUACUCCAAGGACUACCCCGGCCCAUCCCAGCGCAUCAAGAAGACAGUCCAGGUGGAACAGUCCAAAGUGCUGGUCAAGGAGGGAGGGGUCCAGCUCACUCUCACCAUCGUGGACACUCCCGGGUUUGGAGAUGCGGUGGACAACAGCAAUUGCUGGCAGCCUGUCAUUAACUAUAUUGACAGUAAGUGUGAGGACUUCCUGAACGCAGAGUCCAGGGUGAACCGCAGGCUGAUGCCAGACAACAGGGUGCACUGCUGCCUGUACUUCAUCGCCCCCUCUGGCCACGGGCUGAAGCCGCUGGACAUCGAGUUCAUGAAGCGGCUCCACGACAAGGUCAACGUCAUCCCCCUCAUCGCCAAGGCUGACACCCUCACGCCCGAGGAGUGCCAGCUGUUCAAAAAACAGAUUAUGAAGGAGAUCCAAGAGCACAAGAUCAAGAUCUACGAGUUUCCCGACACGGAGGACGACGAGGACAGCAAGCUCAUCCGCAAAAUCAAGGAGAGAAUGCCCCUCGCCGUGGUCGGAAGCAAUGUGGUGAUCGAGGUAAACGGGCGGAAGGUCAGAGGUCGUCAGUACCCAUGGGGCGUGGCAGAAGUGGAGAACGGGGAGCACUGUGACUUCACCGUCCUGAGGAACAUGCUAAUCAGGACUCACAUGCAGGAUCUGAAGGACGUGACUAAUAAUGUCCACUACGAGAACUACCGCAGCAAGAAGCUGGCAGCCGUCACCUGCAACGGAGUGGACACCACCAAAGCCAAGGGCCAGCUGACCAAGAGCCCCCUGGCUCAGAUGGAGGAGGAGAGACGAGAGCACGUGAUGAAGAUGAAGAAGAUGGAGACAGAGAUGGAGCAGGUGUUUGAGAUGAAGGUCAAAGAGAAGAAACAGAAACUGAAGGACUCAGAGGCUGAGCUGGAGCGACGUCACGAGCAGAUGAAGAAGAACCUGGAGGCCCAGUACAAGGAGCUGGAGGAGAAGAGGCGCCAGUUUGAGGAGGAGAGGAACAACUGGGAGGCACAGCAGCGUGCGGAGCAACAGAGGCUGGACGCUUCAAAGACCAUGGAAAAGAAUAAGAAGAAGGGGAAAAUUUUUUGAAAGAUUUAAGACACACUACCGUUGCAUCUUUCCCCUCUCCCUCUUCAUUCACCGGUCACCAGACAUGCCCCCCGCCCUCACGCACACACACCUGGGACAGGUAGAACGCACUGUGCCUGGGUGCACGAGUGCGUUCAGUGUGAGCAUAGCAUUCUGACCAGCUAAAAUAAGAUUCAUAUGGAUGUUAAAUAUAAGCACAAGUAACGUUAACUGACAAAUUCAUGUAUUCUAAAAUCGAGCUUUCCAUUGAUUGACAAUACUUUUUAUUAUACUGCAUGUUGGACCAACGCUGUAUGUGUUUGUCUGGAGACCGCACUGGGCUUCCUGGACAAAAUGAGGUUCUUUCUGAUGGUCAUUUCCUGUGGCUGCGUGCGUGCGUGUGUGCGUGUGCGGUUGAUGUAUUCCUCAGAACCAUGAAACACAACCUUACUAAUGAGCAACAUUAAUCCAACGUUAACCAGAAUGUUGCAGCCUUCGUUGGUGAUAAAUUAAUAAUAUUUUUUAUAGAACAUAUUUCAAUAGAGCAAUGCAUGGGUGUCCAGAACAGUAUUAAUGUUAUGAAUAUCACGAUGAUGCCGCCUUUCCCUGACUGUUCCCCAAUCAAAGCUUCCCUUUUUUAAUGAUAGACAAGUGUUGUCUUUUUUUAAUGGGUUUUUGUAUGUAUGCCAUCUUCAGCUGUUACUCUUUCAGUCUCCCCCCCCACCACAUAACUGUACAUUAAUAUGAAAAAAUGGAAACUAAGAGGUCUCUUGUCUCCUUUUUGGCAGUUACAGGGUCGGGUUACAGAGUGUCCUUUUGUGUCUCUCUGCGGUCGGGUUACAGAUGUCACAAAAAGAUGUCUCUCUCUUUCAAAGUAGAUACUUGCACUCGUGUAGCUGCCUCCAAAUAGCUGGGAAUAGCACUGCUGUCCCUCCCUAAGCCCUUGAGCCUGGUCUCAGUGCCAGCGCCAGUCAUUCUGAUUUACAUUACGUUACCUUUUAGCCAUUUUGCAGUUGCUUUUUUCCAGAGUGGCUAAAAUAACGGAUAUUGAAGCAGCGAUUCAUAGUUUCACUCUGCACCGUUUCAGACUGUGAAACUCUCACAAACAGUCUGGGUAAAUGUUCUGUGUUCGGUGAGAUUAUGGUACUCUCAUACAUUAAAAAUGUCACCCUGCAUAUGAGCAGUCUGUGGCCGGCAAAUUAAAUGGAGGCAUGUUUGCAUAGUGAUGGCCUGGGUUUGUGCAGAGAGGGAGAAAAAGUGUUAAAGAAAACAUUGUACAAAAAUAAAAUGUCAUGGGUUUGUGAUGUAAAUGAAAUAGGCUGGCUACAUGCAUGAGUUCUCCUUCCAAACCACAUCCUCUGCACCUAAAACCACACCCUCCACUUGUCUGUCGCACAAGCCAGGCUUUACCCUGCCAGGGCUUUCAAUGUGAAAAGCAGGGUUUGCCCUUUCUGAAGGUUUCUAUUGAAAGCAUUUGAGGUUCUUUUUUGCAUUUUUUUUUGUCGUUUUUCAUUGAAUUUCAUUGAACAGCUGUGUCAUGCGAGGACUGCCAUAAAAUAUGUCAUAAUGUCAUGUCAUAAAAUAAUUUUUCAUCUUUACCUUUUAAAAAAAGAUUUACUUUGAACACUUCAGGUGUUACUUGCCGCUAGUCAGACUUACAGGGACUUGGAUGCAGCUUAUGUUACUGGUCCAAGUCUACUGCGAGGUUACCAGCAACAAUAAACAACAAUAAAUGGAA